AGCGCGGCGAUGGCGGCGGUCGGUGACGACGGGUCCGGAGUCGGGUCCAGCAUCGGGCUGCUCCUGGAGGCGGCCGAAUACCUGGAGCGGCGGGAACGAGGUACCGGCAUCCCGCUGUACCCCUUUUGGGACCUCCCGGUUCCUCCCGGCGCUGCCCGUUCCCGUUGUGUCCCCACAGAAGCCGAACACGGCUACGCCUCGCUGCUGCCCGGAGCUGGACGAGCCCGCAGGGAGAGCCCGAGGCGCCGCGGGAAGGGCCGGAGGAACGGCGGGGGCGGCAGGUCAACGCACAAUGAGAUGGAAAAGAACAGGCGUGCCCACCUGCGGCUGUGUCUGGAGAAGCUGAAGGUGCUGGUGCCGCUCGGCCCCGAAUCCAGCAAGCACACGACGCUGAGUUUACUCAUGAAAGCCAAAUUGCACAUCAAGAAGCUCGAGGACUACGACAGGAAAGCCCUCCACCAGAUCGAGCAGCUGCAGCGCGAGCAGCGGCACCUGAAGAGGCAGCUGGAGAAGUUGGGCAGUGAGAGGAUCCGCACCGACAGCGUCGGCUCCGCCGUGUCCUCGGAGCGCUCCGACUCAGACAGAGAAGAGAUCGACGUGGACGUGGAGAGCACCGACUCCCUGCCCGCAGACCUCGACUGGAGCAGCAGCAGCCCCAGCGACUCGGAUGAGCGCGGCAGCCUGCAGAGCGUGUGCAGCGACGAGGGCUACGCCAGCUCGGGCGUGCGGAGGGCCAAGGUGCAGAGUGCUCACAAGCUGUGCCCCGCUCUCUAAGGAUCAGACCCCGCAGCUCUUCCACCCGCCACUCUUUCCUGGUUGGUAGCGAACCAGACCGUCCCGCCGUUCCCUUGUGCCGCUGACACGAAGUCUGCUUUGCCCCAGUCCCACGCAGGGCUGUGGGUGCUGAGCUUCUCCCUGGCAGCCCAUCGUGCCCACUCGCUUCUCGCCCCGUCGGGAAGCUCAUCUCAGCGAAACCAAACAUUCCAGCCCCAUUUUGGUGCGCCCGGGAAUAUCGCAGCGGUAACAGCAGUGCUGGGUGAGCUCAGCUGUCCUUUGCCUUGCUGUUACCGCUCGCUAUUCCGGAUCUUUGUAGUGUUUGCCCACUAACAAUCAGCACCAGGGCCCAAAUAUGCAUUGUGAGGAUGAGACCCAGCCUUGUUGGUAGCUUGGAGCAGGGAGAAAGCAGAGGGAGGUCUGCAACGGAGCGUCAGUCGGUGGCCUUCCCUCCACCGACUCUAAAAAUUCAGGGUAGCAAUGGACCCCUCCUGCAAAGCAAAAGGCUCUGCUCCUCCCGGCAGCCUCGGGAUGGACAUCUCCAGCUCUGGAAGUUCCUGGAAUGCCUCAAAACCAAAUGGUGCUGUCCUCGCGCUGUGCCCUCCCGCGUUACGGCCGCGUGUCUUAGGACGGCCUUGGCGCUUCUUGUCUCUGGGACAAUUUUUUUUCUACCUCGGAGAGAUGAACAAAGAUUAUCUCCAUCCCUUUAGCACAAAAACAAACAAACAAA